CCAAGUAAUAAGAAAGAAUUGGAGUAGUCGAAGACAGGUUCAGCAAUCUUAACAAAAGUACUAAAAAAGUCCAACGUUUUAGGGGAAGUCCCAAGAGGAAAUUCCCACCCUCUUGAAAGAGUACUGUAUUGCGUAAUGUGCAUAUAUCUGGCUUUUAUGAUUCUUGAGUAGUGCUUGCAUAUUUGCUGGCGGUACUCUUUCGUUAUUGGGAUUUUUUGUAGAUGAGCAAUAAAAACCUUAGAGCUAUAUUUUAUGUUUUUUUCUGUUUAUACUGCCCCAUAACUAUGUGACAACUCCUCGGCGCUCGCAUUUAAAGAGUUAGCUGCUAUCGGCCUUUGGAUUGUAAUUUAACGGUGGCCUCUUUUCUGUGUUUUCUUUUUUUUUUACUCGUUUCCCCAACAAGUGACCUUUUAAUGCUUACAAUGUCCUCUAUAAGUAAUGGAAGUACUGAUGUCAUGAUUUUACGAUUUAAACAGUUGGAAGAUGUAGUGGAAGCAUUGCAAAAAGAAAACAAGAGUUUGAAAAACAAAUUACGGACUUUAAGCACUUUUAGCACUUUUUACCACGAAGCGCGACAACAGAUGGGGGAGCUGAAUACACAAUUAUCUACUAAAGACAAUGUUAUUGAAGAUCUGAAGGCUAGGCUAGCUAGGUAUGAAGCCACCAGUGUGCAAGUAGGGGGAGAAGAACGGCUGAUAACUUUUGGUCCCUCAAAAUCUUUAGUGGAAAACUUAAUUGAGGAGCUCGCCAAAGUAAAACAACAACUCAAAGACUCCGAGAAGCAAGUUGGCACUCUCUCCCAGGAGGUGCAAACUCUACAACAGCAACUACAAGAAAAAUCCAGAGAAAUCCAGCGAAUAAUAAACAGUCCUCAGAAUGAAAAAGACAUUGAGAUUUUUCAACUACAAAGACUUUUGAAAGAGACAGAGGUGGCUCAAGCUACGAAGGAAGUGCUAUGCCGUUCCUUGACUGAGGAAAGUGAACAGCUUCGAUUGAGACUAGCAUCCACAGCAGAUAUGUGUCAGCAACUUGCCAAGCGACUUGCAGAGGAAACUAGGUUACGAGGACAGGGUACAUUAGAAGAACAGAUUCACACUCAACAAACAAGUAAGGUACGAUGUGCUCAGCAGCCCAGUGUAAUAGAUAAACUACAAGAAGAAAACAAGGUUUUAAAGAAAAAGUUGAGCUAUGUUGAAGAUUUAAAUGCAAAAUGGCAAAAAUAUGAUGCCAGUAGAGAGGAGUACGUAAAAAAUCUGCAUUUGCAGUUGAAGGAGUUAAGAUCGCAUACAGAAGUUCAGAAGGGUCUGGUUCCAGUACAGACAAAUGCUGAGAUGAUGCAACAGGAAAUACUCAGACUGAAUAAGCUACUAGGAGAAAAGAUUAAAGACUGCAACCAAGCAAAGCAAAAACUGGAGGAAAUAGUAAAGGACCAAGUGCAUGACAAAGAGCAAAUUCAAAUGCUGCAGCAGCAGGUUCUAGUAUAUAAAGAUGAUUUCCAAUCUGAACGCAGAGAUCGGGAGCGAGCACAAGGCAAGAUACAAGAACUUCAGGAAGAAGCUGCCCGUUUACAUCAACAGCUUACUAGGAGAAAGGAUGCCCGAGAAUCAGCAGGUCAGGUGAGAAUACACUUUGGUAACAGAAAGCACAUUCACAUAGAGACUGAUGUUACAGACCCACUGUUAGGCAGCAGUUCUCCUCAGCUGGGAGUAAACCGAUGGAGUACAUCUGCAGAACUGGAAGAACCAGUAGUAAUCAAUAGGAGUUCAGGAUCUGACAGGAGAGUUCAAGGUGAAUUACAGUGCCCCCAGUGUCAACGACUGUUUAAUGAUGGUGAAGAAUGCCUAAAACACAUUUCAGAGUGUUUCCAUGAAACAAAUCACUGAUUUUUAAGGAGUCAGUUAACCAGUGGAAUCACUACUUGCUGAAGGUCUUUGUAUAGACUGGUACCAGCUAUUUAGAUGUUAACAGCAGUACUAGUUGCAGUCUGGUCUAGUCAUGUCUUUGUCGUUAAGUUACAAAUCCAUCUGGAAAUUCCAGCACCAAAGCUAUCUCCUGUGUUGUAUGGACCUUAUUUAAAAGUUUCAAGUGAUUGGGAGUCGGUAGCGCACAGUUUCCUGCCAGCAGGAGCCGAUGAUGCCGUAAGACUUGAGAAGGAGUCUGUGGUUUGACGUACAACCCUACAAAGUGGUGUGUUAAACAGUUUGGUUGAAAGUUGCGAGAGAAGCUGUUUUCCUCCUCUUCCCAGCUUAUUUGAGGUUUUCUAUGAUGCCAUCAGAAGUGAAAGGGUUAUUGUUUUCCUGUAUCCCAUGCUGGUGAUACCUGCAGUUUGAGUAGCUAUAGGCCAUAUAGCCAUGUAUGGAUUAAUAGACUGCAUAUUCUACAUAUGUAGGCAUUGAAUGGAUAGACCAUACACUCAGACUGAUGAACACAACCUGCACCCCAUGCUGCUUAUAGGAAAAUGUAAGAUACUAAAGACAAGCAAAAUUAAAAAAAUGAAAUAUCAAAAUGUGUUAACUCGUAUGUAGUUUAAUUGAAAUUCUGGAUAUAAAUUUGGACUAGAUAGAAUAUAUGGUUUUCUGUCAGACUUAAAAAAAUCUCAUAAGAAAUUGUGUACUUGUUACAGCCAUUAUAAUAACCACUCCAAUAAGUUAAUAAUACAGAAAUAAUUUAUUUGGGAACACAACAAGGGUGAGUCGCAAAUGGGCAUGACUUUAUGGGAGUGUGUAGACAAACACUGCUUUAUUACAUUUUGUUUUCAGAAAACUGACUUUUAAAUUAUUACAUUUUGAUUUUUAUUUAUAAUUAUUGUACAUUUAGCAUCUCUAACUAUCAGUUUGGUGCUACAUUUUAUGGAAGUGCACUUGAAAUGUGUACAUCUGAGAUAUGUUUAUAAUUAAACGGCUUAGCCACAGUUUAUUUAUCAAAACAGUGCCUGUAUAUAACAAAUUACUGCUAAAUGCACUGAGGGUACUUUAGCUGUGAAUACAGUGUUGCAGUUCUUGUGAAUAUAUUGUGUAUAAUAAUUUUCAGCUUCUAUUAGUAUGCUAAAAUAGUGAUAACCUUGCCUUCUAUGAAACUUUGUUUUAUCAUUUUGUUUUGAUUUGUUGAUAAUAUUUAAGACUAAAAGACUUUUCUCUAUUUUAAUGUUUGCUUUAUGUUAACAGAUGUACUGCAAAGAAUUUCAUAUGUAUCUAGGUAGUAAAUCUGUUCAGACCCAAAAUCUGUUUCCUCCAAUGUUUAACCUAUCCUUUUUUAGUAGUGAGCUAUUUCAUUUUAGCACUCUGCCAUUAACAUUGUCUUUAUUUAAUUUAGGAAUUAUAAUUUUGAUUUGUUUGUGUCUGUAAGGAAUAUGCACCUUUUGCACCAAAAUUAUUGCACAGAUUAUUUUUAUAUCAUCUGAAUUUUGAAAAGUGUUGUAGUUAACAUGGCAGACAGCUCUCUCUAAAAUGUUUAAAAUACUAUUUUUUUAAUAAAAAUAUUGAAAAGUUU